AUGCAACUCCUCACCCUCUCCCUCCUAGUCCCCGUGGCGUACGUCUCGAUCCUCCUAGGCAGCAUGGCGACCUUCUCGUACCUGUACCGGUCGCGCCAAGUCAACAAAAAGCUGCGCCUAGCGCCUUACUUCCCCGAACACACGACCCGCAACAUCUACCUCUCACUCCUGCACCUCUCGGACCCGGACUCGCCGUCGGACAGCCCGACAAGCGCGGAAAAGGACAAGGACAGACCCACAAAAGUCCCGGACAGUGUGCUGCGGGCGGCGCUCCUGGCGCGGGCGUGCGACGACAUCCGACGCAUCAUGGAGGUGCGGGUGCGCAAGCCCGCGCUCGCGGCGCUGCUCCAGCGGGGCGUGGUGGGCGACGAGAUCUUCCAGCGGCUGCAGCGCGCCGAGCAGGAGCUCGAGCUGGAGAUCAAGGACGUGGUGGCCGAGGCGAACGCGCUGAGCGGGAGCGGGAGCGCGACGGCCGGAACCUGGGGCCAGACCAUCUUCCAGAGCGCCAACGAGAUGGUGCAGAACCAGAUGUUGAGGGACAAGUUGGACGGCAUCAAGGCCGGGUUGGCGGCCGAGAAGGAGCGGUGGGACCGCACGCGCGAGAAUGCAAGGAAGGAGUUGUUGGGUGGCGGCCCCGAGGGUGAGGGUGAGGCUGAUGCGUCUACUUCUACUUCUACUUCUACUUCUGCUGUUCCCCCCACUCCCGCUCCCGCUCCUGCGUCUGCCGCACCGGCCGCGAACCUCAAGGGGACCGCCGGGAGUAGCGAUGAGGAUGGAAUUAUUGUCGAGACCCCGACCGCGGAGCUUCCCACGCCUGGAACAACCGGGGCAGGUGGAGGUGGGGGAGGCGGCAAGAACAAGAAGAAAAAGGGCAAGAAGUGA